CUUUAGGCCCUGUGUAUAAAUAUAGCAGUCUGCCUUCCACCUUUUUUGAAACUGCACAAAAUUGAGGAGGGAAAGGCACAGUGAAAUAAACAGCCAGCAUCAUGUUUUUCUUAUUGCUUCAGUUGCUGCUGAUUUCAUGGCUUGGGGCAACAGAGCAAAGGGAGGAACUACAGAAGAGGAGGAGGAGGAGGAGAAUUCUACAGCUCCUGCCUCAAGACAGAAAUAUACUCCUGAAAUAUCUAAUGGGUUAUGAAGGAACUCUAACAGAGACUAGUUUGUUUAUGACACACCUCUUGGCAGAACUGGAGAGCAAGAGGCAAGAUGAACCCAAAAUGUCUAAGUUUAUUUUGCCAUAUAUAGAUAGUCAUGCAGUUCAGGAUUUGGGAAACAACACUUCUAGAAGUGCAUCCCCACACUCGGGGAGUACAAAAAGUCCAGCUUCCCACCCCCACAGGAAAAGGGAAGCAGAAUUGCCCUUCAAGAAAGACGCCAAGAAGUUCUGGGACCUUUUUAUGUUGAAAACCAGGUCACGGUCUGAAGAGGUUGUCCUUCCAAUCAAGACCAAUGAAAUGCACCAGGAGAGCUGCAGCACUAUACCUUUUUCUCAGGUAAAGAGCAUUGUACAUGAGAACUGUGAGAAAGUGGUGGUACAAAACAACUUGUGCUUUGGGAGGUGCAGUUCUUUCCAUGUUCCCGGUCCUGAAGAUCGUCUUUACACCUUCUGCUCCCACUGCUUGCCUACCAAGUUUUCCAUGAAACAUUUGGAGAUGAACUGCACAAGGUCUGCUCCUGUAAUCAAGGUCAUUAUGAUGGUAGAAGAAUGCAAGUGUGAGGUUCAGAAAACUAAAGAUCCUGAGAUAGGAUUUCUACACUCAGAUCUGCAUGCAAAUGUAUAUGAACACAACUGAGUUUUUCCAAAUGAACUUCAUCAGUAGAUUUUAUCACUGGUAAGAAUAGCCAAAACUUCCAUUAAAUGCUAUUACAACAUCUUGUUUUUCUUUUUAUAAAACAUAUGAUGUAGUCUUUGUGCAAAUGUGUGUGAUGCAGAGAGAGAGAGAGAGAGAGAGAGAUCUUCAAAAUAUGAUUCAAGAGUUAGGUUCAUCUGUUACCAGUCACUACUAUAAAGGCCAUUCAUACAUUACCUGUUUUUUAGGGGCACACCACAAUUUUUUUAUAUGAUUGUGAUUUAUAGCUAAAAUUCUGCCCCUAUUUAUUUGUUAGGUACCCAUGCAGUGCAGUGGGACCCUAGGAAACUGCAGGAGUAAGUAGGUUUAGAAACAUCUUUGAACUGAUGAAACCUCUUAAAAGUGUUUUAAUUGUCAAACUGUAUCAUAUUAACAAUGUUUAACAAACGGGGGGAGGAGUUCAAAAUCAAGGGGAAAGAUUCCUUCUACACAUAGCUGUCUCACCACCCAAACUCAGGACCUUACGUCUUUAGCUCUCUGAAUAAAGGAACCAGUACCCAAUUUUCUAAACUUUUAUCACCAGGAAAUUCCAUCCAGAUCAAAGGAAUUAUUUACAUGGAAAACCUGUGGAUUGGGCCCUAAAGUGUGAAUAUGCACCAUUUAUUAGAAAGGAGGUGUAAAGAGAAAACAGCAGCUGUAGUAAUUGUUAAUUAGAUUAGUGCCUUAGCUUUUGGGGGUGAGUGUUUAAUUAACCCAGCAAUGAUCAGCUGCAUGUAAUUAACACUGUAUUCUGUUAUAUCAAGGAUGUGUUAAUUGGAUCUGAUUUUCAGAGUCAAAUUCCAUAUUCAGAGCAAGUUGAGCCUAGGUGCUAACGGAAUAUUGCUCCAAAAAAGGAAAGAAGAAAAAACAAAUUAGAGCCAGAGGGCAGUGGUCUUACAUAGACCCUAAGGACUUUAACUGUAGUCACACUGGAAAUGUAGAGGGGCAACUGUUUCUGAAAAGUUUCCUAUGAUUUUGAUUUGUGAUAAGAGUUUUAUUUUAAUUUACAGAGGUUUCAGAGGUGUCUCUAACGGGGCGGGGGAAAGAAAUUAACAGUUUCCAAUUAUUGCAAUGCUGUAUCUUCUGUAAAGACUGUUGUUUUAAAUUCAGUUAAUUGUCGGCCUCCAGAGUACACUAUAUCUCUGCUUCAGAAAAUCAGAUUAAUCAUCACAAAUACCAGCACAGCUUCAUAAUGCCAGUAAAGUCUCUAACAAUGAAUGAAGUGCUGCAUGGUUUGUUGUUAACACAGCUUCUAGAGACAGCUGUUAGCAGCUGUAACCCCUUGAAACUCUGUAGUCCUUCCCAGGAGCACAAAACCCUUUCUGUGCCAUUUAACAACUGGAUUGUAGCAACUGAUACUGAAAGAUCUACUGUUUUCAAGUUAAUACAAGUGGAAUACUAAUAUAAAUAUAAAUGCCAUCAUAUUUCCCAGAGAUCUACAAACUUUCUGGAUAAUUGAGAGUUUGAUCUCCAUUAACUAUGACAAUUAUGAAAGCUUUUUUUGUAUCAGGAACAGAUUAAAACACGCCCAUUCGGUCCAUUAAUUAAUCUGUAGUAGCUUUGAUGCAUAAUAUACAGCCACAAGAGUGGCUGUAUACUAUAGCCAGCAUGGAUUUUUCGCAUUCCACAAUGUUAAAUUGAAAAUAUUCCCCAUACCAUUCUGAUGCUUCCCAUAAGGUCAUUGCAAAACAAAACCUUACAAAUAUAUAGUCCUGAACUCAGAAAUGCUUGCUUAACAACACUCUACGUUUUCAUGCUGAUACACAAAACACUCAGAAAGAACUGAGAGUUCAAAGUGUAAAACAAGAGGAAAAAAAUCCAAACCACUGUUGGACUUUUUUUAUGUCAGUGGUCUCAUAAUUUGUUGAAAUUAAUUAAAAAUCAGCCAUGUUCACAGAGUACCUGUAAUCCUAUCACUGACCUUGCCCCGUACUCUGACCUUCGUCUUCUGCAGUUUAAAAGUUUUUUAAAAAUGCCUGGCUGGUUUUUAAUUAAUUUAAGAAAUUUAACAUUGAAGUCAAUGAUAAACAUGGGCAUGCUAAGUAAUAACCAACUGUUAGUGUUCUAAAAGCCAGACUCACAGCUGCUGGGCUUGCCUAAUCAAGUGGCUACACCCAUGCCAGACCUUUAUUUCAUGGCUUCCCCCAAAGAAUCCUGGGAAUUGUAGAUUGUGAAGAGUGCUGAGAACUGAUAGGAGACUUCUGUUCUCCUGACAGAGCUCCAGUAGCCAGAGUGGUUUGACAGUCAGCCCCUCUUAUGGGGAUUGUAGCUAUGUGAGUGGAAUAGGGCA